GCCCAGUGGGCGGUCGUCGGCCUUUCCCGCGUGGGGGUGCCGCUGCGUGGGGGGCUGGGGCGGCGGUGGCGGAGGGUGCGGGAGGGACCCCCGAGGCUUCCUCCUGAGGGCUUGGCGGACGGCGGCGACUGCCUCUUCGGAAGCCUCCAAAGCAGUCGUUGGGAUUUUGUUUCAUUUUCCCCCGAAGAAGGAGGAAUCUGCGUCCGUGGCGUGUGCCCGUGCGUGCCCGGCUGCUGCGGAUCUCGCGGUCCCGGCACCUGAGAAUGGGAAAUGCAGCUGCAAACUCAAGGUUCAGCACUUGAGCAGAAUUUGUUGGAAGAGUAUUCCUCUGAUGGGUUAGAAAUGGACUUGGUAACCUUUGAUGAUGUGGCUGUGGACUUCACCCAUGAGGAGUGGACUUUAUUAGACUCAACUCAGAGAAACCUCUAUAGAGAUGUGAUGGUGGAGAACUACAAAAACCUGGCCAUAGUUGGAUAUCAGCUGUUCAAACCCAGCCUUAUUUCUUGGUUGGAAGAGGAAGUGGAACAAUGUGUUCAUCAAGAGUGGGUAAUGGACCUUAAUACCAAAGGGACAGCUCUUCAGGAUAUUUUUUGGUCAGAUACUUCAAAUGAGAUACAACUGGCAAGAAGUCGCAACGGAGGGGAACUCCAUGAAUAUAACCAGUGUAGCAAAGCCUCCAGUGAUGACUUUGAGCUACACACAGAUACUCAAAAUACAGAGAAUACUUCUGAAUCUAAUCAGUAUGGAAAAGACUUUCUUCUGCCCAGGACAGUCUCCAUAGGAGACACACUUUCAGAAUUAAUUCAAUGUGAAAAAUCCUUCAGCCUGACUGCAGAUGUCCAACAGAGAGAAUGCCCGCAAGACAGAGUCUUUCGGAACAGUGGCUACAGCCAAACCAAUGUCAGUCAGUCAUACCUUCAGACUCUCGGAAGAAACCACAGUGAAGGAAAACUCUCCAAUUGGGAACGAUAUGGGAAAACUUCUACUCAGCCCAUAAGCCACGUUGUACACAUUCAAACACACAUUGUAAGAAAACCCUACAAAAAUAAGGAAUGUGGAAAAUUAUUCACAUAUCCUUUGUAUAGUAAUAAUAUGCAAAAUCAUACUAGAGAGAAAUCCUGUGAUUGGAAGGAAGAUGGGAAAGCUUUCACUGUGCCCUCAGGUCAAACUGUGCAUAUUCAAAAUCAAGCUGGGGAGAAGUCGUAUGAAUGCAAGGAAUGUGGGAAAGCCUUUGGGAAGUCCUCAGGCCUCGCUGAACAUAUGAGAAGUCACACAGGUGAGAAGCCCUUUCAGUGUGAUGAGUGUGGGAAGGCCUUUGCCUCUUCCUCCUAUCUCACUGCACAUUUGAGAACUCACACUGGAGAGAAGCCCUUUGAGUGUAAGAUGUGUGGGAAAGGAUUCACGCGUUCCUCCUACCUUCGCAUUCACACGCGAACUCACACCGGAGAAAAACCCUAUCAGUGUAAAGAGUGUGGGAAAGCGUUCACCGUGCGCUCCGGCCUUAAUAUACACUUACGAACACACACUGGAGAGAAGCCCUAUGAAUGUAAGGAAUGUGGAAAGGCCUUCACGAUUCGUCAACUCGCUGAACAUAUGAAAACUCACACUGGUGAGAAGCCUUUUGUAUGUGAUGUAUGCACAAAAUCCUUUAGGAAUUCCUCAUGCCUUAAGAAACAUUUUCGAAUUCAUACUGGAGUUAAGCCCUAUCAAUGUAAGGAGUGUGGGAAAGCCUUCGCUGGACGAACGGGCUUUACUACACAUGUGCUCACUCACACUGGGGAGAGACCCUACGAGUGUAAGGAGUGUGGGAAAGCCUUCACUACAUCCUCGGGCCUUAUUGAACACAUGAGAAGUCACCUGAGAGAGAAGCCCUUUGAAUGUGAGCAGUGUGGGAAAGCGUUUGCUUCUUCUUCAUAUCUCAUUGCACAUUUGCGAACCCACACUGGAGAGAAGCCCUUUGAGUGUGCGGUGUGUGGGAAAGCCUUCACACGUUCCUCCUACCUUCACAGGCAUGUGCGAAUUCACACUGGAGAAAAACCCUAUGAAUGCAAGGACUGUGGGAAAGCGUUCACGGAGCGAUCAUGCCUUAAUGUACACUCACGAACACACACUGGAGAGAGGCCCUACAAAUGUAAGGAAUGUGGGAAAGCCUUCACUACCUUUCCUCAACUAACUGAACAUAUAAAAACUCACACUGGUGAGAAGCCUUUUGAAUGUCAAGUAUGUGCAAAAUCGUUUAGAAAUUCCUCAUGCCUUAAGAAGCACUUUCGAAUUCACACUGGAGUUAAGCCUUAUCAGUGUAAGGAGUGUGGGAAAGCCUUCGCCGGGCGAACGGGCUUUACUACACAUGUGCUCACUCACACUGGGGAGAGACCCUACGAGUGUAAGGAGUGUGGGAAAGCCUUCACUACAUCCUCGCACCUUAUUGAGCAUGAAAGAAGUCACACAGGAGAGAAGCCCUUUGAAUGUGACCAGUGUGGGAAGGCCUUUGUGGCUUCCUCAUCUCUUAAUGUCCACUUGAGAACUCACACUGGGGAAAAGCCCUUUGAGUGUAAGAUGUGUGGGAAAGCAUUUCGGUAUUCCUCCAGUCUUUGCAGUCACAUGCGAACUCACACUGGAGAGAAGCCCUAUGCGUGUAAAGAGUGUGGGAAGGCUUUCACUGAGCGCUCACGCCUUACUAAACACUUACGAACACACUGGAAAGAAGUCCUAUGAACGUGGAAUGGUCAUCACUAGUUCUGAUUUUACUGAACGUAAAAAAAUACCACUGGAGAGAAACCUUUUCAAUAAAAGGAAUCAGGAAGAUUUUUUUAGGAAGUCCUUAUUUAUAAUCUCAUUUGAAUUCAGUGUUGGAAAACCUUAUCAAUAUAAGCAAUUUGUGAAAGCAUUCAGUUGUCCCUGUUUAUUUCCAGUAUAUAAAAAAACUCACAUAGAUACUGAGAGCCACUGGAAUUUCCACACCAUCCAGCAUGUAAGAGCACGCCUUGAAGCUGUGUAGUAUAGGCAAUACUGAAAAGCUUUACUGUUUCAUGAGGGUCUUGCUAAAAAUGCGGGAUUUCCAAUAGAGAAAAAUGAUUGGCAUAAAAUAUGGAAAAGUUGUAGUUCAGCUGUGUAUUUUGAUACUCACCUGUGAUUUCUGAAAUCUGCAUGUUGACAGAAACAUGGCUUUCUAGGUGGUCCUGUAGAUAGAUUUUUGAAUAUUUCAUUUGUCUCA